AUGUUCAAGCCUCAAAGACCGAUAACGCGUGCAAGUAGAUCGAGAUCGUCCUCGUUUAAAAGAAACCAGGUGAAUAGCGCGACUAGAACAAGAACGAAACCAAAAAAUUCUGUAAAGAUAAAAAAACCAAGCUUAGAAGAAUUCAUAGAAUACGAGAGAGGUCAAAGUCAGAGUCGUCUGAAAUCAAGCUGGGCUAACAUAAUCAGGCGCUACAAAGACGUUUCAGAAGACGAAGCUGAUGUAAUAGACAUAAACUCUCAGGAAGUGAUUGUUGAUCGAGGCAUUAUUCAAAAAGAUGACGUACACACCUUUGGAAAGGAAUCAGAUCCUCGUCACCUGAGCUCUCCUUCGGAUGACGAUGACACAAUUUGGUGGUCAGAUCUUUGGUCCGAAAAAGAGAUUGAAUUCGUGGGCGCGACGAUAGACUUGUUAGAUAGAGGCAUCAGUCGCUCGGAAAAAAAUGCGAAAAACGUAGAGGAAUCAUGCACCCAAGACGCCGAUGAGAUAACCCUUUGGAUUGAUGACCACUUGCCCCGGAUAGAUUCCGAUCUGGACAUCGAUUUGGAGGAUUCGGAAGUCGAAUCUCGCGUUGGCGAUGAAAAUUACAAUGACUCGGAUUCUAUUGAGAUUCCGUGUGAUACUUCCUCCGAUGAACAAUCAAUCCCAAUCCAGGACCAUCCAUACGAUAUCGUGAUGGAUACUAAUAGUGCGAGGUCACCGAUUAUUGAGAAUCAACAAUCAUCUUGCACGCGCGAAGAAGGUGCACAAGAGAACUUACAGAAAAGAGUCGACUAUUGUGAUAUCGAGUCGGGUUCAGAGGGUUUUGAGACGUGUUCAGAUUAUGAAUAA